UAUCUUCUACUUCUAUCAUCUCUAUUUAGUGUAUGUUUGUAAUGUUUUGGUAGUAACGUUUUGUGACGUUCCGCAUAUCAUUCAUUUUCCUAAAUUAUGGAACUGUCGAAUUUGCUGCAUUUCUACAUAGCUUUGCUCAGAAGACUUUUAAUUCCUUUAAUAUUUUUCAGAUUGCCCUUUUGCACAGAAUCCCUGUAAAUUGACAAUGACCGUAUUGGGCCUAGAAAGAAUUCUUUUAAGGAAUUUCUCUGUAUGGGAACCUUUCUUUCUAAAAGACACUAAAGUUGUUGUGGACGCUAAUGACUUAGUUGGUUUUCUACAUGAUACAUGUCAGACAGAAUCAUAUGGUGGUGAAAAUCUUUCAUUUUACAUGAAUGUACGUUCGUUCCUCUCGAAUUUGAAGUGUUCAAAUGUGGAGCCGUACUUUUUGUUGAGGGGUUGCUGUGACAUGAAAGUAAGAGAUUUUUGGAUUGUAAAGUAGAAUAUAAAAAAAGAAGAGAAUCUAACUUUAUAUCAGAAAUUGCUACAGCUUUAAAAUUAAAUGCUCCAGAUAAAAUUCCCAAUCGACAAAUUUUUUCAUCUCUUGACAUAUUUAUUGAUGCUGUAAAUGAAUUCCAAUGGAAAUGUAUAAGAGUAAAAUCUCUUUCUACGACUAUUUGUACCGCUGUUGCGACAAUUUUACGAUGCCCAAUUAUUGGUUUAUCAUCUGAUUAUUAUAUUCUCAUGUUAAAAAGCCAAAAUAUUCUUAAUAAUUCAAUUUUUCAACCACAUUCACGUCCAACAUUCUUAACACUUCGUUUAGCUAAUAUAAAUUUGAGUUUGUUGAAUAGUUCAACCGAAUGUAAUGUUGAGAAACCGAUACUUUUUCAUAGAUUUAUUCCUCAACUUUCUAUUUUGAUGAAAUGUUCAGAUUUCCAUUUGCCUCUUUUGGCUGUUUUAUUUGGUACAGAUGUUGUUCCUCAUGUAAAACUUCCACUAAGAUUACAAGAAAAAUUGCAAGCAAAUAACUCAUCAUUGGAUCACAAAGAACACCGAUUAUCUGUACUCCUUGAAUGGUUUUCACAGUUCCAACCAAAUUCCAUUGAACCAUUAGAAGAUGUUAUUAACUGUUAUCCAUUUAAACAGCGCACUUCUAUGAUAAACAGUAUAGUACAUGGCAUUUCUAAUUUUAUUUGCCCUCUCGAAGAAACUAAAGAUGUUAUGAGUUUAUUGAAUGAUAAAAGUUAUUCUGAUAUUUCAAGAAAUACGUUUACAACGACCAAAUCAACAUUAAGAUCCAAUAAUAGUUUUAAAGAUGUGAUUGAUUCACUACAAGGUACCAAUGUAGUAUAUUUAUGGCAUGAAGACUAUACCAAAGGAUGGCCUCCUCGUCUUCUUGAUAAUUUCAGAAAAGGGAAAGUAUAUCCAAUAUCAUCCAUCUAUUCAACUGGAGGUGCUUUUCGUAGAGCUGCAGUAGAAGAUCCAAAGUGUCCAUUUUCUGUCUACGAAUCAUCUUUCUUAAUUCGAAGAUUACAUUAUCAAGUAUAUGUAUCACUGGAACGCAGUUUGGGUAUGGAAAAUAAACUCGUUGGUUUAAACCCUGAUGUUAUUGAAUAUGUGAGACGAAAUGAUAAAUUAGUGAUGUAUAGAAUUCCAAUCAAGUCUAUUCCUUUAAGUUUCGGCAAAGUUAGCACGGAUGAAGUUAUUAAAGAUAAUCUGGGUUUUGUCACACUGUCGGAAAACAAUUUAAUCCCUAAUUUUCUCUAUAGUUUGGCAGUAGUUUUAGCAUAUUGGUUUCAACAAUUAAAAUAUACUUCUACUGAGAUUCCUUCUGUAUUUAGUGAAUCGUCUGUUGGACUUGCUGUAGCUGCUUGUGCUGUUGCUAAUAUAUACAACGAUGGCUCAUCAUCCAUCAGUGAAUUAUGUGAAUUCUAUAAUAAUUUAAGCAGGAUGCCUGAUCAGUCAUUAAUUUCAGGUAGUAUUUCCACUGCUUUCAGACCUGAUAUUGUACACAGCUUUAAUGCCAUACAAUUAACUUUUAAUAGUUUUAGAGAUCUCGUUACAACUCUCAACUGCCUUGUGUCGGAGAAUAGACAAUCAAAUCAUUUCGCUUUCUCACAAGUUUGGAUACUUUUUCCCUCCGGAAAUCUGGUACAUUUUUUAGCUACUCAAUUAGCUUCGUUAGACCCUUCUAACAGACGUUCUUCAGUUCUACGAGUAUGGCUUCCAAGACUUCUCUUUAUCAGAGAACGAAAUUACGAUGCAGCAUUAAAGUUGAAUAAAGUGGUAAAGACUCUAACCGCUUUUAUUGAUCUUUGUGAUAUGAUCAAAAUUAAUAUUCCAUCAUCCUUAGAUUCAUUUUACAGCAUUCAUGAAUUAGAAAGCACUUGUUUCCCCGAAACUAUGCCUACUGUUCCCAAACUAUAUAGCAGUAAUAACACAAAUCUAGUGAAUGAACGACCUCAUUCAUCAUUCAAUGUAAGAUUUUCUCUUGGUUAUCGAGAAAAAAGUGGAAACAUGACAAGCAACAGUAGGAUUCAUAAUAAACUUCCAGCUGAAAAUGGUAUGCAUAGUGCUCCAGUUCGUCAUCAUUCCUCUAAUAAUUUUCAUUCAAUCUCUAAGAAAAUUUAGAACAACAAUUCACAAGUCAUCUAGAAAUAUGAACUAAUCUUAUUCACCUAUAGCAAAAUAUAAUACAUUGGUUUCUAAUCAUCAAUAAAUACUCAUACUUUUCCAAUUUUCAUUUAUUUUUUAUUUAUGAGUUCAUUUGACUGCUAUCCUGAUUACCUUAUUUUUAUUUUUAAUUUAAAAUCUUAAUAUAUAAAUAUAAUUUUUCUCC